AUGAGCCAAAAUUCGCAACCAAAAAAAAUAAUGAUCCAAAAUAGAAAAAAUAAAAAUACUGAAAAAGGUUUGGCUAGUGAUAAUCGAAAUAAAACGAUUACUAACAUCAAUAAAAGUUCGUCCAAUAUCCAACAAGCUGUUGAAGGGACUGCCACCCCAAUUCAUGAGCGAGCUCAAAGUGUAAAAGAGAAAUAUAAAAAUCUUCGGCUUCCGGAUUCGUCCAAUACUCAACCACCAUCUGCUGCGCCAAAGAAUCGGAGGUUAUCUCAAGAAGUAUCCGAUUUGCGUGCGAAGUGUUUACAGUUAGAACGACGAAAUAAUGAAUUAACCAAACAUACAGCUGUCGUUGCCACUAAAAUAGCUCGCUUACGAGAAGAUAAAGAAUUUAUUGCUGGUGUUAACGCAGAAUUCGGUUCUGAAAAUGACGACUUGAAAGAAGAGGUUAACGAAUUAAAAAUGAAACUCGAACAAUACCAGAUACGAUCAUCAUCUGAAAGCCUUGAUGUUAUUGAUGUUCCAGAAGAACGGUUAGCAAAACGGUUCAAAUCGGAUGGGUCAAAAAAA